AUGGAUUGCAUAAUUUGGUUCACAGACCUCUAUAGCUUACGAGUAUUUAGUUUUAAUGUAGAUGGCAUUGAUUGCUAUUCAAUAGUUCUCAAAACUUUCAAAAUAGUGGUAAGAAAUGAAGGUGUCAUGAAUAAUACUGAAGUUCAAUUUGAAUAUCCAAAACGUGGUGUUGUUGAAGAAGUUGAAGAAGAUAUCAAAGAAAGAUCUGUUUGUAACGAUUGUGGUAAUUCCGUUUGUGAUAUUAAAUUGCACGUCAAAAUAAUUGUAAACCAUUCAAAUGUGAAGGAUCUGAUUUGGAGAGUCAUACUGAAUCUGAAUGCUCAUGGUUGGAUAAUGGUAAAAUCUGUGGUAUUGAUUACCUCAAAAUGA